CGCCUUUCUCCCCCUUCCCCCGCGCAGAGAGGCGGAAGUCGGGGCUGAGCUCACGCGCGCGCUCGUCCCGCCGCGCGGGGCACGCGGGAGCUGCGCGCGGGGUACGCCGGCCCGCGGGGAUGGCGCCGGGACUGCGCGCGGCGCUGUGCGCGGGGCUGCUGGCGAGGCUGGGCCUGGUGCUGUGCGGGCUGCUCCAGGACCGCGCCAUGCGCGUGCGGUACACCGACGUCGACUACCGGGUCUUCACCGACGCGGCGCGGCUGGUGACCGAGGGCCGGUCGCCCUACCGGCGGGCCACCUACCGCUACACGCCGCUCCUGGCCUGGCUCCUGACGCCCAACGUCCGCCUCGCCGAGGCCUUCGGGAAGCUGCUCUUCGUGGUGGGGGACCUGGCGGCUGCUGUCGUCGCCUACCGGGCCCUGCGGCGCCGAGGGGCCGCCGCCGGGCAGGCCUGCGGGUGCUGCGCUGCCGCCUGGCUCCUCAACCCGCUGCCCAUGGCCGUCUCCAGCCGGGGCAACGCGGAGGCCCUGGUCGCGCUGCUGGUGCUCGCCACCCUGUACUUCGUGGAAGCGGGGAGCGUAGGGAAGGCCGCCAUCUGCUACGGGCUGUCUGUGCACAUGAAAAUAUACCCGCUGACCUAUGCGCUGCCCAUAGCGCUCCACCUGCAGAGCCCGCAGCGCGCUGGAGGAGGGGUGGUGGGCACGGGGCACGGCAAAAAAGCAAAGUUUACAUUUGUAGGGUACAUCUGGCAGCUUUUUGUAAAGAUGCUGAACCGUGACGUGCUGCUUUUUGGAGCAGUUGCUGGAUCUGUGAUAACUGCUUUAACCGUGGCGUUUUAUCACCUCUACGGCUGGGAGUUUCUGGAGCAUGCCUACCUCUACCACCUGACCAGGAGAGAUAUCCGUCAUAACUUCUCUCCCUAUUUCUACAUGUUGUACCUAACUGCAGAGAGCAAAUGGAGUUUUGCCCUUGGGCUCGCAGCUUUCCUGCCCCAGCUGCUCUUGCUUCUAGUUGUGUCCAUAGCAUUUUACAGAGACCUUGCCUUCUGUUGUUUCCUACACACUGUUAUUUUUGUGAGUUUUAACAAAGUAUGCACAUCCCAGUACUUUGUCUGGUAUCUCUGCCUUUUGCCCCUUAUAAUGCCUAGUGUUAAGAUGUCUUGGCGCCGUGGUGUACUGCUGCUUGUUCUGUGGUUUGUUGGACAAGGCCUGUGGCUUGCUCCCGCGUACUUUCUGGAAUUUAGAGGAUAUAAUACUUUUUUACUUAUAUGGUUAGCAGGCUUGCUUUUCCUUUUUAUUAAUAGCUUCAUACUCAUUCAGAUUAUUUCACAUUAUCAAAAUGAAGCACAAGUUGCAAAAAAACUCAAACAACGGUAGUAAACAGGCCACAAUCCAGAAACAGCACUACUGUCUUUGAUAAGGCUUUUCAUACCACCAGCACUUUGUUUAAUACAGAUGUGUGUACAUUGUACUGAAGUAUGUUGUAUGUAAGUGGUAUUUUGUCAGGGCCUGUGAGGUCACAGAUUGGCCUUAGUUGCCCUGAGGAGCCCCAGUGCCUGCAGGUGUACUGUCACCUAUGUGGACCUUGGAGCUGCAUUGGAACCUUCUCUCCAGCCCUGUCUCCUGCUGGGACUCCCUGGAGGGACCCUGGACCAGUUCAUCACUUGCCAUGUCUGGGGCCGUGGGUUGAAUCUGUCACCAGCACCCGUCUCCACCUGCCAUCUGCAGACACAGUGUGACUGUGCCGUGCUGAGGGAGGUGAUGGCCUGUGCCGGGGUCACUCUCAGCUCCAUAGCCCCAUGUGGAACUGCCCUAUGUGGAACAUAGGUCCAUAACCCCAUGUGGAACUGCCCCAGCUUUUGUACCCCUGGCACCCUUUUUCUCCUUGUUCCUUGUUGAAGACAGCGGCUUCUGGGAAAGCACAUGAGGUUAUAAAGCGAUGCUGGAGUUUCAGAGUCUUGUACAUUCCAGUAAGCAGGUGGGGUUUUUUGCAAGGGUUAAGCUAAUGAAUAAAUAUAAGGCAAUCA